AUAGCCCGGCCCCGUUCACAGCCCCUCUCUCCCUGCAGAGGCUGCUCGCAGCCGGUGCGGGGCGCUGUGUCCGGCUCUGCAGCCGCGUCUCCGCAGAGCGAGCCGCCAACCGGGUGGCCCCCACCAGCCUUCUGGUCCCAGCCUGUCGAGCCAGCCAGACUGGGCGGACGGCAGCAGCGCCGCCGCCAGCUCUGCUCCUCCUUCGGCGGAGCCGCGGGCGCGAUGCGGCCGCUGCUGUGGCUGGGCCUGGUGCUCGGGGUGCUGGGCGCUGCGUGCGGGGGACCCAGCGACCAGCACUACGUCGACGGCGAGCACCGGGCCGACUACGACCGGGAGGCGCUGCUCGGAGGCCAGGAUGAAGCAGAGGAAUAUACUAAACUCAGUCCAGAGGAACAGCAAAAGAGACUGAAGGCCAUCAUAAAGAAAAUUGACUUGGACUCCGAUGGAUUCCUUACUGAUGAUGAACUAAGUUCAUGGAUCCAGCAAUCUUUUAAGCAUUAUGUUACGCAAGAGGCUAAACAACAGUUUGGUGAAUAUGAUAAAGAUGGUGAUGGAUUAGUAUCUUGGGAGGAGUACAACAUUCAAAUGUAUGAUCGUCUAAUUGACUUUGAUGAGAAUACUGUCUUGGAAGAUCAAGAAGAAGAAUCAUUUCGCCAGCUUCAUUUAAAGGACAAGAAGCGGUUUGAAAAAGCCAAUAGAGAUGAAGUUCCUGGUCUGAAUCUGAAUGAAUUUAUUGCUUUUGAGCAUCCCGAAGAAGCUGAGUAUAUGACGGAAUUUGUCAUUCAGGAGGCUUUAGAAGAACAUGAUAAAAAUGGUGAUGGACUUGUGAGCCUGGAAGAGUUCCUUGGUGACUACAGAAGAGAUCCAACUGCAAAUGAAGAUCCAGAAUGGAUACUUGUCGAGAAGGAUCGAUUUGUGAAUGAUUAUGACAAGGAUAAUGAUGGAAAACUCAACCCUCAAGAACUGCUGACUUGGGUAGUACCUAAUAAUCAGGGUAUUGCACAAGAGGAGGCUCUUCAUCUGAUUGAAGAAAUGGAUUUGAAUGAUGAUAAAAAGCUCUCUGAGGCAGAGAUUCUUGAGAACCAGGAUUUGUUCCUUACAAGUGAAGCAACAGAUUAUGGCAGGCAGCUCCAUGAUGAACGUUUCUACCAUCAAGAACUUUAGUUUACUCAUUUGUGAUCUUGCUGCCUCUGUGUUCCUAAACUGGAGUUUUUCUUUAGGGUACUCAAAUUUAUAAGCUGCAUUGUAAGUUUUACUUUGUGUGAUUAUAAAAUACUAGUGUUUGUGUAAGUGUUUUGCAUUCUAAAUUUAAUUACUUAAGUACUUUUGCAAGUUUCCAUAGGCCUUUUCAGCCUUCAGAACUAAUCUGAAAUAUUUAAUAUUCCUCGAAUUGCAGCAUUAACAUUUUUGGCAUCUGAAAAAGUAAACAUUCUUAAAUAAUCUAUAUGUUUAGUACUGUAUUGUGAAAUGAGUUGUACUACCGUACUUGAAGAGUCUUAAUGAUUCUGAAAAAAGGCAAAAUGUGUGAGAUAAGCAAAAAUUACUAAUAAUUUAUUUAGGUGGUUAAUGUUUUUCAGAAGUUAUGG